AUGUCCGACUCGCUUUCCAACGAUGCCCGCCCUCCCACGGACGCGACAAUCACCGUUCGCGUCAUAAAGUCCCUCAGAUAUCGCACAGAGCGUAGUAUCGUCCUCCACAACAUCAACCUCCUCACCACAACCGUCGGUCGUCUCAAGGAGAUCGCCAACCAAGCUGUCCAAACUCAGCCGGGUUGGAAGCCGUAUCGAAAUGUGCAUCUAGAUACCCUCAAGCUUUAUACGAAGGCACAUGGGUCCAAGACAUCUAAUCUUAUAAUUAAUCUUGACCACGACGAAUGGAUCCUUGAUGAUGACUCCAAGACUUUAGCGCAGGUUGACUUCGGUUCGGGCCAGUCUUCGAGACCCUUAGCUGUCCUGACUAUCGAUUCAGAGAACGAGACCGAAGUCAGCUUCUUCAACAGGCAGGACUACGAAGAAUUCAAACUGAAUCCGAAGACUAGUUGGGACGUGUAA